UGUGAAUGGCCCCGUAGUCUUCUGAGACCUGUCAUGUCAGCACUGUCUGGUCAUCUCCUUUACUAUGUCCACAGUCUCUGGUCAUCUCCUGUACUAUGUCCGCAGUCUCUGGUCAUCUCCUGUACUAUGUCCGCAGUCUCUGGUCAUCUAAUGUAUUGUGUCCGCAGUCUCUGAUCAUCCCCUGUACUAUGUCCGCAGUCUCUGGUCAUCCCCUGUACUAUGUCCGCAGUCUGUGGUCAUCUCUUGUACUAUGUCCGCAGUCCCUGGUCAUCUCCUGUACUAUGUCUGCAGUGUCUGGUCAUCUCCUGUACUGUGUCCGCAGUCUCUGGUCAUCUCCUGUACUAUGUCCGCAGUCUCUGGUCAUCUAAUGUACUGUGUCCGCAGUCUCUGGUCAUCUCCUGUACUAUGUCCGCAGUCUCUGGUCAUCUAAUGUACUGUGUCCGCAGUCUCUGGUCGUCUCCUGUACUAUGUCCGCAGUCUCUGGUCAUCUCCUGUACUGUGUCCGCAGUCUCUGGUCAUCUCCUG